UUCGUUUGGUGGUCGUCGUUGAUUCUUUCUUCCUCGACGACGAUGAUGGGCUCAUGUCGUCGUGUCGUCGAGUUGGUUGAUUUCUCCCCUUUUGUGCCCUUUCGAACCCUAACCUAAAUUUCCGAUCGAAGGCAGAUCUUUAGAUCUCGGCGCUAAUCUAUCGAGAUCGAGGCGCGAUACGAGAAAUCUUCUACGGACUGGAAGGUGUCUUUUCUGCUGAUCAAAGCUUAUCAUGUAAUAUUUGACAACCCUCUUUUGGUGCCUGAGCCAAGCAUGACUCUUCCUUCUUCAGGGAGGAGGAGUUUUACAUUUGACUUUGUGAGUCAAGGAACAUUUUUUACCAUUUGGCCCAUGAAGAAAAGACUUUGGAAUCUUGAGUUUUUAGUUUUUAAACAAACUAUCAAGUGUUAACACCUUCAGCUUUGAGGCCCUUUAAUGCUGGCCUCAUAUCUUGAUGACAUACCAAUGUUGCCUAUCUGGAGUUUUAAUACAUCAACAGCAGCAUGAGGCUCCUUGAAUUUUUUUGUCUCCUUGGGUUCUUCAACUAUUAUGUCAGAAGCAAGGUUCAAUUCAACAUCAUUCUGGGAUGAUAAUAUUUGUGGAUUAGCUUCUCUGAGUUGGAAAAUUGAAGUGGUUAUGCAAAAUAUGCAAAGGAGCAUCAAUGAUGUGAUGGCCCCAUGAUACCUUGAGUUGAUGCUGAUUUUAGUUUGACAAAGAGGCUAUGGAACAUAGACACUUGGUUGGUCAACCUCAGAUGUCUGUGAGGGAUCAAGAGCAAAUAUGGAAUCAUCCACACCCUGAUCCUCGGUCAAACUUGGGACCUGGUACUUUCAUAUCUCCUGAAAAUAUUGCAGUUUGUGGACCAAAUUCUGUGGCAUUUGCUAAUCCUGCGUCUGCAGCAAAUUAUCCUGUCAUGCCAAAUUUUAACAUAGAGGCUCCCUGCUAUGUAAGAGCUAAUUCACGAAUGGCUCAGGAAUCUUACACGCCUUAUCCAUCUGUUCGCAGCUCUAGUCAAUUUCCACCAUAUUAUGUCCUGCAUGAACCUUGCUUCAACCAAGUCACUGUUGGGGAUAUUAAUGGCACGAUUAACCCUCCCACAGACUAUGAUGGAGCAACAUAUAAAAGGAAAAUGCCGACCAUCCAAACUUUUCCUGACAGUGGAAGCACAAAUGGACAUCGUAGUGAUGCAAGUUCUUCCAAUCGUCCUGUUUCGACUGGGCUUUUAGAAUCAACACAUACAUUAGGUCCUCAUUGUUUCCUACGGGAUCCUGUCAACAUGGCCUCUAGUUACAGAAGCAACAAUCUGCUAUCUUCUGAGGAAGAUCACUGGAAUGUUAGAAGUAGACCUGCCAGUGUGCUUCAUCCUGGUAACAUCUCGUUGACAAACCAUUCAUCCAGCAACUUCUCUGACCAUUUUCAUCCACUAGCAAAUACUUCUGGUGUGAACCUUGCUCCUGUGCCUCUGGAUCCCCAUAUAAGGCUUAUGUCUUCAGGGAUUGGCUCCUUCAAUCAUGAGAUGAACCAGUUGCCUGGACGCCAUGCCACCAACAUUGCUGUGGAUAUAGAUGGUCGUCGCAACUUCUUUCUCAUUCCAGGUUGGCCUUCGCCUGACUUAAUGGUGGAUCGCAGUUCCUAUAGCCAAAGAACAUCGUAUAGGGCCAACUCAAGCUACCAAUCUGUGGGUUCGGAAGCCAAUUUGGUGGAUUUUAGGCUACCAGCAGUGGGAAGAGUUGUCCCUCCACGGUAUCCAGGGCAUCCCUCUUUGCAAGGGCAUAUGAAUGAGAGGAAUGGGAGCAUAAGGAUUCGUGAUGAUGGGGAUGAGGGCAUCGGCCACAGUAGAUGGGCAUCAGAGACUCUAGCUGUGAUGGAUCGGUCAACCUUGUAUGAUUCCAGAAAUUUGUUUGAUGAGCAUCAUGACAUGAGACUAGACAUAGAUAACAUGAGCUAUGAGGAUCUUCUUGCUUUGGAAGAACGGAUUGGUAACGUGAACACGGGUCUAUCAGAAGUUGCCAUCUCCAGAUGCUUGAUGGAGGCAAUUUACUGUUCAGAUCAAACGCUGGGUGACCAUGAGAAAGGACGCUGCACGAUAUGCCUGGAAACAUACAAGGGAAAAGAUUGUCUUGGAAGAUUGAGUUGUGGACAUGAUUUCCAUGCUUGUUGUAUUAAGAAAUGGUUACUGAUCAAGAAUGCGUGCCCAAUCUGCAAGGCCUCCGCUCAGAACGGUUGUUUGCUGGAGCAAUAAGUCUGUCUUGGAUGAUUAUUAGGUCACUCGGUUAUCCUGUUAAUUUGUAAAUAGACGUUAUUUGUGGGACGACAUACUUCAUACAGCUUUGUAUAAAACUAUUUUUUUUUUCCAAACUUUCUUUUUCCCAAAAUGAAGUGUUAAUAUGCUUUCAGAAGUUCUCCAUGAAAUGAGGGGUUUUUUGUUUUUUUUAUUAUUAUUAUUUUUGUACA